GUCCCCGCGACCACUCGUACGCAGCCGCCGCCCGCGCCGCCCACGCCGCCCACGCCCACGGUCCCGCAGCUCGACACGCAGGAGAGGCUAAGAUGGCGGAGAGCAGCCCCGCUAGCGAGAUCUCGGCGUUCUACGACGGCCGGUCGGUGCUGGUGACGGGCGGCACCGGCUUCAUGGGCAAGGUGCUGCUGGAGAAGCUGCUCCACGCCUGCGACCACCUGCGCUCCGUCUUCGUGCUGGUGCGGCCCAAGCGAGGGCGGUCGCCCAGCGAGCGCCGGGACGACAUCGUCCAGCUGCCGGUGUUCCAGCGCGUGCGCAGCGAGUGCCCGGAGCGGCUGGAGAAGCUGGUGUUCCUGCACGGCGACGUGCAGGAGGAGGACCUCGGCCUCAGCCAGGAGGACCUGGCCGUGGUCCGGAGAGAGGUCAGCGUCGUCUUCCACUGCGCCGCCACGCUCAGACUGGAGGCCAAGCUCAAGGACUCCAUACGGAUGAACCUGCUCGGCACCUGGAACGUCCUGCAGCUCUGCAAGACACUGAAAAAACUAGAGGUGCUGGUGCACCUGUCAACGGCUUUCUGCUACUGCGACCUCGAGGAACUGGGCGAGAAGAUGUAUCCUUGCCCGUACGACCCUCGAGACAUACUCCGCGCCGCUCGUUGGAUGGACGACUCAAUGUUGGAUGCGAUUACGGCCCAGCUGAUCCACCCGCAUCCCAACACGUACACGUUCACCAAGCGGCUGGCCGAGGUGCUGGUGGAGCAGCACCUGCACGAACUGCCCGUCGUCAUCGCGAGGCCCUCCAUUGUGACGCCGUCGUGGAAGGAGCCGGUGGCGGGCUGGGUGGACAGUCUGAACGGGCCGGUGGGGCUGCUGGCGGCGGCGGGCAAGGGCGUGCUGCGCAGCAUGUACUGCCGCGGCGAACUGCACGCCGAGGUCAUGAGCGUCGACUUCGCCAUCAACGGGCUCAUCACGCUGGCGGCGCGCGAGGCCGCGCGCAGGGCCAAAGAGGGCAGCCCCAGCGAGGUGCCUGUGUACAACAUCACGUCGUCGAACCAGAAGCGCAUGACGUGGAAGGAGGUGCUGGACUACGGCCGGCAGAUCGUCUAUGAGUACCCAUUCGAGUGGACAGUCUGGUACCCAGACGGCAACAUCCGCAGCUCCAAGCUCGUGCACAAGAUAUGCGUCAUCUUCCAGCACUACCUGCCGGCCUACUUCCUCGAUUUUCUCUUCUUGAUUUUCGUCCAAAAAAGAUUCAUGGUGCGGCUGCAGCGGCGCAUCUCGGACGGGCUCGAGCUGCUGCAGUACUUCACGACGCGCGAGUGGAACUUCCGCAACGAGCGCUACCUGGCGCUCUACACCGGCCUCAACGCCGAGGACAAGCGCCGCUUCGACAUGGACAUGGUGCCCAUAGAGCCCUACGAGUACCUGGUGACGGCGUCCUUGGGCGCGCGCCUCUACUGCUUCCACGAGGACCCCGCCUCCCUGCCGCGCUGCCGCCGCAACAUCCGCAUCCUGUAUGUGCUGGACCGCACGGCUAAGGCUCUGUUCGUGAUGCUGCUACUGUGGCUGCUGGUGGGCUACUCCGAGACUGCGCGCUCAGCCAUGGACACUGUGGCGGAGGCCCUGCGCUCCCUGCCUCUGGUGGGCAGCGUCCUCACCAAGGAGUCCACUCUGCAGCCUAUCUGAGGGCGGAGGGAGGCACAGCAAGCUGCCGGGCUGGUGGGCCGUCCGAGACUCUCUUAUUCCACAAUAUAUAUCAAAUCUCACAGCUCAUAUACGUACAUGUAUCAAUGGUACUUGCUCUGCAUUUGCUCUUUGGCAUGGAAUAAGAUGUGGGGUUAAGUUCACUUACGAUAAAGGCAGAAAUGUUUGUGUACAAAGAGUAUUGUAGGUAUACCCAUAAUUAUCUCUCGUGGUGGGAAACUAACUUUACAAUGAAUUACAACCGUUUCACAUUAUAUGUAUCGCAUGUUUUACAGCAUGAAACAGGUAGACUGGUUUGCAUACAGAAAGUAUGGCAGAAUAUGGCUGAUGCAAUUGCAAAUCAAAAUACAUGAGUUUUAUACAGUUUACAAGCAUCCUAUUUUACAGGCCUAUACAGUCUCUCAAACAUAGGUAUCUAUUACGUAAUCCAGCGUGAUAAAUGUACAACAUCUGUUGUUUCCACAAGCUGUGAUCAGUAAUUUUUGGUUAGAUUCGUAUGAAAUAACAGUACUUGUACAAAUCUUUUGAAGAUUAUAUAAGAUAAUAUUUUAUACAAAAAAAUUGUUUACAGACAGCUACAAAUUUUAAAUAUGAUUUGUGUGUGUGUGUCUUACGUGUGCGCGAGCGCGUGUGUGUGGGAGAGAGAGACAGAGAGAGAGAGAGAGAGAGAGAGAGAGAGAGUUGCUCUAUAAGCUAAUUCAGCAUUGCCACAAGUAAUCUGUAACUGGAAAAUGACUGAUAUAUAUGUAUUAGUUGUAAGUCUCGUUAUAGGUAGCUAAAUCUUUUUAUACAUUUGUAAAUCUGUUUUUAUGCUAAUGGUAAAAGAUACCGGUCAAGUUUGUGUCAUGUACGAGUACUUGCCGCUUGAAUAAAGAAUUGAUCCUUAAUUUAAA